GUCAGUGGGGAGGAAGCCCUGGCGGCCACAGGCCCCAGAUGCAGCAGGCGGCUGUCAGCGGGAGGGUGCUCAGAGCAAUGCGGGGCCAGCAGGCCUUCCCUACCUGGGGGAGGCAGGCUGCAGAUGUGCCCUGUGACCCCUGAGUCACAUGGCCUCUCUGGGCCUCAGGAAGCCUGCCCCAAGCCCGUCAACAGACAAGAGGAGAGCCAUGUGCUGGGUCAGUGCUAUCAGCUUCAUGGCGGCCGAGGAGAUGCACUGGCCUGUCCCGAUGAAGGCCAUUGGUGCCCAGAACUUGCUAACCAUGCCCGGUGGCGUGGCCAAAGCUGGCUACCUGCACAAGAAGGGUGGCACCCAGCUGCAGUUGCUCCGAUGGCCCCUGCGCUUUGUCAUCAUCCACAAACGAUGCAUCUACUACUUCAAGAGCAGCACGUCUGCCUCCCCACAGGGCGCCUUCUCGCUGAGCGGCUAUAACCGGGUGAUGCGGGCAGCUGAAGAGACGACGUCCAACAACGUCUUCCCCUUCAAAAUCGUCCACAUCAGCAAGAAGCACCGCACGUGGUUUUUCUCGGCCUCCUCUGAGGAUGAGCGCAAGAGCUGGAUGGCCUUGUUGCGGAAGGAGAUUGGGCACUUCCAUGAAAAGAAGGAGUUGUCCCUGGACACCAGCUUCAGUGACUCUAGCUCAGACACGGACAGCUUCUAUGGUGCAGUCGAGCGACCUGUGGACAUCAGCCUUUCUUCAUACCCCACAGACAAUGAAGCUGGGCCUGGGCUGCCUGGGGUCUGACCCUCUAUCCGCCUCAGACUACGAGCAUGAGGAUGAAGACGACUCAUACAUGGAGCCUGACUCCCCGGAGCCUGUGGAGCCCGAGGACACCCUGACCCACCCUCCGGCCUACCCCCCGCCUCCUGUGCCCACACCCAGGAAGCCAGCCUUCUCUGACAUGCCCCGUGCUCACUCCUUUGCUUCCAAGGGCCCCAGCCCUCUGCUGCCACCCCCGCCCCCUAAGCGUGGCCUCCCUGAUGCCAGCCUGACUUCUGAGGACUCCAAGAGGGACCUGCUGGGCCUGAGGCGGCCAGAGGCUGGCCUCAGGGUGUCUGUGGCCCCCCGGAGGAUGAGUGACCCCCCAGUAGGCCACCUGCCACCUGUGCCCAGCCUCCGGAAACCCCCUUGUUUCCAUGAGAGUGCCAGCCCUAGCUCAGAGCCCCGAGUGCCUGGCCACGGGACUGGCUCUGUCUCCAGCUCUGCCAGCAUGGCCACCACCUCCUCCAGGAACUGUGACAAGCUGAAGUCCUUUCAUCUGUCCCCCCGGGGGCCGCCGACACCCGAGCCUCCACCGGUGCCAGCCAAUAAGCCCAGGUUCCUAAAGAUGGCUGAAGAGGCCCCCUCAGAGGAGGUGGUCAAGCCCAGACUCUUCGUGCCUUCUGUGGCCCCUAGGCCUCCUGGACUGAAGCUACCCACACCUGAGGCCAUAGCCAAGCCAGCAGUCCUGCCGAGGUCAGAGAAGCCACCCCUCCCCUAUCUCCAGAGGUCACCCCCUGAUGGGCAGAGUUUCAGGAGCUUCUCCUUUGAAAAACCCCGACGACCCUCAAAGGCCGACAACGCUGGUGGGGAGGACUCUGAUGAGGAUUAUGAGAAGGUGCCGCUGCCCAGCUCUGUGUUUAUCAAUACCACGGAAUCCUGUGAAGUGGAAAGGCUGUUCAAAGCCACAAGCCCCCAGGGAGAGCCCCAGGAUGGACUCUACUGCAUCCGGAACUCCUCUACCAAGUCAGGGAAGGUUCUGGUUGUGUGGGAUGAAAGUUCCAACAAAGUGAGGAACUACCGCAUCUUUGAGAAGGACUCUAAAUUCUACCUGGAGGGCGAGGUCCUGUUUGUGAGUGUGGGCAGCCUCGUGGAACACUACCAUACCCACGUGCUGCCCAGCCACCAGAGCCUGCUGCUGCAGCGCCCCUACGGCUACACGAGGCCCAGGUGACGCCUGCGACACAUGUUGCUGGGCAGAGACAAGCCACUGGGGCUGUGACCCCAGGCCACGCAGAUGUGACAGGCCUGCAUGGGAGGAUGAGCCAGAGUGAGCGCCAUGUUCCGAUCCGGGGCCUCCACAACAGAUACCUUGUAGAAUCUGCCCAGCCAGGCCCCACUCAGCAGGCUGGGUUCAUGGGGCUAGGCUAGGCUCUGCACUGCAGAGGACUGGGGGGCUCUCCUGUGCCAUGCAGCCCACCCUACCCCACCUCCCAGGAGCCUGGGGUCCCAGGACUGAGCCCUGCCUGGACUUUGUGGAAAAGAAUCGUGGUCAUCCCCGCCCCUCCCCAACUCCCCUACCACACUAAUCCUGUACUGUGUUGGGAGCUGGGCAGGACUGGGGUAUUUGGGGUUGAGGGCAGGGCUGGCCCCCAGGAACUCUAAGACCAGGCUCCAGGAUGGGCCACUGAUGUACAAUAAAGCAAAGAUGACCUUUGCCUCA